CGUACGGUUCGGACGUGUGGGCCACGCACAAUUCAAUUCGCCAAUCGCAGAGUCAACUAACUAAAAAAAAAAUCUUAGAGAAAAGAAGAGAAACAGAACAAGUGAAAGAGAAAUUUUACACGAUAGCGCUGAAACGAGAGUUGUGCAAAAAUCCAAAUACACCCAAGUUAAAAUGUGCGCUUAGUGAAAACAGUGGCUCGGAAAAAUGUCAAUUCGCGGUGACCAAGAGUGAGAGAUAAAUCCACGAAAAACGCAAGCAACACCCCUUUUAGAGUAUCUGCGAGAUACAGAUACCCUAGGACCCCCUUCCCAAACACACAUUACCCCAUCAUGGCGGCGAUCCUGCCGCUGCUCCUGUUGGGGCUGUCCUGGAGUUCCCUGCCCCAAACCGGAGCUUCAUUGGCGCCCAAGGAGAGCGUCGAGUCAUCGAAUGCGAAUGCCAUGUUGGGCGCCGGUACAGGAGCCGCUGCCACGGUCUCCCUAUCCGGCGACUACUCCUCGCUGCUGUCCAAUGUGCCGGUGGCCUCGCCAGUCCCGGUCUCACCGUCGCACAGUGGUCCUGCCAACCAGUGCUCCUGGUCGUACAACGGCAGCAGUUCGGUGCACUGCGCCCUCCGCCUGAUCGAGCGCCAGCCGGGACUCGAUCUCCAGGGCGCCGAUGGCAGCAGUCAGCUGACCAUCCAGUGCAGCGAGCUCUACCUGUUCGAAUCCUCGCUGCCGGUGGCGGUGUUUGCGAGAUUGCAAACCCUGGAGGCACUGCGUCUGGACGGGUGCAAGCUGCUCCAGCUGCCCAAUAAUGCCUUCGAGGGAUUGGCCACGUUGAAAUCGCUGCGCCUGAGCACCCACAACAGCGAAUGGGGUCCCACGCGGGCCCUGGAGCUCUUCCCCGACUCGCUGGGCGGCCUGAAGCAGCUCACCGAUCUGGACCUGGGCGACAACAAUCUGCGACAGCUUCCCGCUGGCUUCCUCUGCCCGGUGGGCAAUCUCCAGGUGCUGAAUCUCACCCGCAAUCGCAUUCGCACCGCCGAGCAGCUGGGCUUCGCGGACAUGAAUUGCGGAGCCGGAAGUUCCGGAAGUGCUGGCAGUGAGCUGCAGGUCCUGGACGCCAGUCACAAUGAGCUGAGAUCCGUAAGCGAAAGCUGGGGAAUAUCCCGGCUCCGGAGGCUGCAGCACCUCAAUCUGGCUUAUAAUAAUCUCUCCGAACUAUCCGGUGAAGCUUUAGCCGGCUUGGCUUCUCUGAGGAUAGUAAACCUGAGCAAUAACCACCUGGAGACCCUGCCCGAAGGACUCUUCGCUGGCUCCAAGGAGCUGAGGGAGAUCCAUCUGCAGCAGAACGAGCUCUAUGAACUGCCCAAGGGCCUGUUCCAUCGACUGGAGCAACUUUUGGUGGUGGACUUGUCCGGCAACCAGCUGACCUCCAAUCACGUGGACAACACCACUUUUGCAGGACUGAUCCGCUUGAUUGUGCUGAAUCUGGCCCAUAAUGCUCUGACUCGGAUCGAUUACCGCACCUUCAAGGAGCUGUACUUCCUGCAGAUCCUGAAUCUGCGCAACAACUCCAUUGGCCACAUCGAGGAUAAUGCCUUCCUGCCGCUGUACAAUUUGCACACCCUCAAUCUCGCCGAGAAUCGUCUGCAUACCUUGGAUGACAAACUCUUCAAUGGACUCUAUGUGCUGUCCAAGCUCACGCUGAAUAAUAAUCUCAUUAGCGUGGUGGAGCCGGCUGUGUUUAAGAACUGCUCGGAUCUGAAGGAACUCGACCUGAGUUCCAACCAGCUGAAUGAGGUGCCUCGUGCUCUCCAGGAUUUGGCCAUGUUGCGCACUCUGGACCUGGGCGAGAAUCAAAUUCGCACUUUCGACAACCAGAGCUUCAAGAAUCUCCACCAGCUGACGGGUCUGCGGUUAAUAGACAAUCAGAUUGGCAACAUAACCGUGGGUAUGUUCCAGGAUUUGCCACGUCUGAGUGUCUUGAACCUGGCCAAAAAUCGCAUCCAGAGCAUCGAACGGGGAUCCUUCGAUAAGAACUACGAACUGGAGGCCAUUCGCCUGGACAGGAACUUCCUGUCGGACAUCAAUGGAGUGUUUGCUACUCUGGUUUCCCUGCUGUGGCUGAAUCUCUCCGAGAAUCAUUUGGUGUGGUUUGAUUACGCCUUUAUUCCCUCGAAUCUUAAGUGGCUGGAUAUCCAUGGAAACUACAUCGAGGCCUUGGGUAACUACUACAAGCUGCAGGAGGAGAUUCGGGUAAAGACCCUGGAUGCCUCGCAUAACCGCAUCACGGAAAUUGGACCCAUGUCGAUACCGAACACCAUCGAGUUACUGUUCAUCAACAACAAUCUGAUUGGAAAUGUGCAGCCCAAUGCUUUUGUGGAUAAGGCGAAUCUGGCCAGAGUGGAUCUGUAUGCCAAUCAGCUGAGUAAGCUGCAGUUGCAGCAAUUGCGAGUGGCUCCAGUGGUGGCUCCCAAGCCAUUGCCCGAGUUCUACCUGGGCGGUAAUCCCUUCGAGUGUGACUGCACCAUGGACUGGCUGCAGAGGAUUAACAAUCUGACCACUCGUCAGCAUCCCCGGGUGAUGGAUAUGGCCAACAUUGAGUGCGUGAUGCCACAUGCCCGCGGUGCUGCAGUGCGUCCUUUGAGUGGAUUGCGUCCGCAGGACUUCCUUUGCCGGUAUGAGUCGCAUUGCUUCGCCCUGUGUCACUGCUGUGACUUUGAUGCCUGUGACUGCGAGAUGACAUGUCCGAGUAAUUGCACCUGCUACCACGACCAGAUCUGGUCCACCAACGUGGUCGACUGUGGUGGUCAGCAGACCACGGAGCUGCCACGUCGCGUUCCCAUGGACUCGAGUGUGGUCUAUCUGGAUGGCAACAACUUCCCAGUGCUGAAGAAUCAUGCUUUCAUCGGCAGAAAGAACCUGCGAGCUCUGUAUGUGAAUGGCAGUCAGGUGGCGGCCAUCCAGAAUCGCACCUUUGCCAGCCUGGCCUCGCUGCAGUUGCUCCACCUGGCGGACAACAAGUUGCGCACCCUCCAUGGCUACGAGUUCGAGCAGCUUUCCUCCCUGAGGGAACUGUAUCUGCAGAACAACCAGCUGACGACCAUCGAGAAUGCCACACUGGCUCCUUUGGCCGCCCUGGAGCUUAUCCGGAUUGAUGGCAACCGGCUGGUUACUCUGCCCAUUUGGCAGAUGCAUGCCACCCAUUUUGGCACAAGACUUCGUUCCAUUAGCCUGGGCAGGAAUCAGUGGAGCUGCCGAUGUCAGUUCCUGCAGGCUCUCACCUCCUAUGUGGCGGAUAAUGCCCUGAUAGUCCAGGAUGCCCAGGAUAUCUACUGCAUGGCGGCCAGUUCGGGAACUGGAGGUUCCAGCCUGGAGGAUAGCCCAUCGAAUGGGGGAGCUCUGGAGAAAAGAGAGCUGGACUUCAAUGCCACAGGUGCUGCGUGCACGGAUUACUACUCCGGUGGCUCCAUGCUGCAGCAUGGCAUUCCAGAAUCCUAUAUUCCCCUCCUGGCUGCUGCACUGGCUCUCGUCUUUCUGCUGGUGGUCAUUGCCAUGAUCUUCGCCUUCCGUGAAUCCCUGAGGAUAUGGAUAUUCGCCCACUACGGCGUUCGAGUGUUUGGACCACGUUGCGAGGAGUCGGAGAAGCUCUACGACGCCGUGCUCCUCCACUCCGCCAAGGAUUCGGAGUUCGUGUGCCAGCACUUGGCUGCCCAGCUGGAGACGGGCAGACCACCGCUGAGGGUCUGCUUGCAGCAUCGGGAUUUGGCCCAUGAUGCCACCCAUUACCAGCUGCUGGAGGCCACUAGGGUUUCGCGGCGAGUGGUCAUCCUACUGACCCGGAACUUCCUGCAGACGGAGUGGGCACGCUGUGAACUGCGCCGCUCCGUUCACGAUGCCCUGCGUGGGAGGCCACAGAAACUGGUGAUCAUCGAGGAGCCCGAGGUGGCCUUCGAAGCGGAGAGCGACAUAGAGCUGCUGCCCUACCUAAAGACAUCGGCUGUCCACCGGAUCCGCCGCUCGGAUAGGCACUUCUGGGAGAAGCUGCGCUACGCCCUGCCCGUGGACUAUCCCACCUUUAGGGGCAACAACUACACGCUGGAGCUGGACCAUCACAGCCACGAGCGGGUGAAGCAACCGGCCAGUCCCGGCCUGCUCUACCGCCAGGCCCCGCCGCCCGCCUACUGCGGACCGGCGGAUGGGGUAAGUCCCCUUCCACAAUCCGUGGCUGUGACCGCCUCUGUGCCGGCGGAACAGAACUACUCCACGGCCACCACGGCCACGCCCAGCCCCAGGCCCCAGAGGCGGGGUGAGCAGCAGGGAUCGGUAUCCGGAUCGGGAUCCGGUGGGAAUGGUAACCAUCACCUGCACGCCCAGUACUACCAGCACCAUGGGAUGCGGCCGCCCUCGGAGCACAUAUACUCCAGCAUCGACUCGGACUACUCGACAUUGGACAACGAGCAGCACAUGCUGAUGAUGCCGGCAGCGGGAGCCCUGGGCAUGGAGGCUGCCCAGAGGGCCCAGACCUGGCGGCCCAAGCGGGAGCAGCUGCAUCAUCAGCAGGCCCAGGCCGGAACCCUGGGCUCCAAGGCCAGCCAGCAGCAGCAGCAGCAACAGCAGCAACAGCAAAAUCCGACAGCCGUUUCCGGCCAACAGCAAGGACCUCAUGUCCAGGCGUAUCUGGUGUAGAGGGGGCGAAACCGACCGCUUUCUGGGAGAGUGACAGUGAUUUCUUUAGGGACUGGUUCCUGUGCAUAAUUUUAAUUACUAAAAUACAUGUGCGAGUUAGGCUAAGGGCGGGGAAACAAACGAGAUGCGGAAGUUGAGACUAGCCAGCCAGAUUUUAACGUAUAUCAUUUUGUUUAUCCAGUGUAAAGUCAUUUUAGAUGCACUAAACAAACACACAGCACAGCCCCAAGAUACAAGAUACAGAUGCAGUUGGGGCCUUGGUCAUGUCAAGUGUGUGUAUCCAAGCGGGGUGGAGGGAGAAAGGGAGAAAGUGAAAGCAGGGAUGUUACUUACUACAAUGCCAUUUCAAAGUUUCAAAACUUUACCACAGCAAAACUGAGUUUUCUCCCUCACAUGAGCACGAACUUUGGUCUUCAUCUGGCAUUUGCCUAGCCAAGAAUUGCCCGAGGGGGGAAUUUGUGAUAACUUUUUAAUAUGGUUUUAAUCAGUUGGACUCCAGAACCUCGAGUAUAAAGAUUACCGAGUAUCCAAUGGAGUUGCCAAGGGCCAAGCUGCAUUUGCAUCCCUCAGAGACUUAGUGUGCCCCAAAUUGAUUGUUCAAUAAUUGACUUGGUAAUUGCCAUCAAACCGGAAUAGCUGUCCAUGUAUUCACGCAUCUCCUCCAUCAAUUUGUAAAUAGCUCUCAAUACCGUAUUUACUGCCCAAACAUAGAUAUACACAAGUACAGAUACAUAUACAGAAACACCUUUAUAUAGAUACAGAGAUACAAAUUUGUAACCGUAUGGGGAUAAUUCAAUAAUCACAUUCAAGUACACAUGUAAAUUGUAUGCCACAGCCGUAAAAUCGAUAAAUGCAUUUGUCAAGUAAUCUGUAACCUGUAUGUAAAAAGCAUAAAUAAUUAGCUAGCAAACCGAGAGAACCAGGAAGAUUUUCCGCGGUUAACUACAUCGUAAUAAUAAUAUGGGCGGUGAAAUGAACAAAACCGAGACCGAAGCAGAAACAGAAACAGAAAGCUCAUUUUAAACACUUACGCUUACCAAAACUAACGAUAAUUGUAAUAAAAGUUUCGCAAAACUGGCGUGGCACAUACACAAUAUGCAUAGCUAAUUAUAUAUAGUACAUAUAGUACAUUCAUGGAUAUAUCAAUGUGCGUGUCUGCAUGUACGUGACUGUGUAAACUAAAGCAAACUACUGAUAUUAAAGAACAACUAUGUAUGAGGUACCCUCUAUAUACAUCCAUACAUCAUAUGUAUGCCCCCAAAGUACGUAUAUCUACGCAUAUAUUAUACGAGUAAAUGUUUAACAACUGCCUAUAGAACGUACGAAAAGAGAGAGCAUUUAUUUCAGCACACACUCGCCUACUCGUCAUUAAUUAAGCAAAUCAGUUCGAAACUAUUGAGAUUCAAAAGAAUCGGGGUAAACAAAAUAAAACACCCCUCACAUAAGACACUUGUACCAGUAUAAAAGCCCAAAACUGUUAUUUAUUUUUAUCAUUUUGUAAUAUACGAUGAUCAGCCCUAAGUUUAGUUCUAACGCAGCUCUACGAUAAUGUAUAACCCUAUGGAUAAUUCAAUUUUGUGAAUACAACUAUUUAUAUACUAUAUAUACAUUUAAAAAUCUAUGUACUAUUACGACAAACAACAAACAACAAAGAUAUUUUUCUGUUUCGCCAGCGAACAAUGCAAAUGAA